AUGAGUGAAACAAUUAAAGAUAAUAUUACAUUUAACGAGAAAGGAUACACAAAAGGUACCAUCAACUGUACAGAAGGUGUCGAGUACUCUGAGAGACUUUCCAAUCAUUCGUCGGAAUUCUCUCAAUGGUAUAAGGAUGAACAAUUAUUACACUUCAUGAGAAAGUUGGGCUACACAAACCGUACGCUUUAUGAUAUUCCGGAAGAUAUCAUAUAUAUCGUUAAAAAAAUGCCUGAACUAACUUUCGAGGAUUCCAUUCAAAUUUUAAAGGAUUCUAUCGUUUAUCAUAAAGACGACGAAAACUUGCCACAUGACCAAUAUGAAGAAUGGAAAAGGUUGGUCGAAUUAGAAAAUUCAUACUCGAAAGAAGGAGUGGAUGAAUACGAUAGCUUUGACAUCAGGGCAUUUGCUUCUGCGAUUAAAUUUCAUUCCCCUUAUCAAGAGGUUCGAGCUGUUGUUGAUCCAGAUGAUGACCCCACUAUUCCGGUGGAGACAUUCAGAGCAUAUUUCUUGGCAGUAAUCUGGUCUAUCAUCGGUUCAGGGUUUAACGAAUUUUUUUCUCACAGAGUAGUUACAAUUUCCUUGGAGACCCCAAUCAUUCAGAUGUUUUUAUACCUUUGUGGUAAGGCUUGGGCGAAAACAGUCCCCUGUUAUGGUAUUACCGUCAGAGGUACAAAAUAUGGUAUAAAUAUCAAUAGACCAUGGACCCAAAAAGAGCAAAUGUUCGCAACUUUGUUAUAUGCUAUUUGCCAAGGCACGUUUUACACCCAUUAUAAUAUACUGACGCAGAAACUCUUCUACCAUUCUGCUUUUUCAUUUGGUUACCAAUUUUUGCUGUCGUUAUCCGUGCAAUUUAUUGGAUUUGGAUUUGCUGGCAUCCUUAGAAAAUUUGUGGUUUAUCCAGCUCGUGCGCUAUGGCCAACAGUUAUGCCGACCAUUGCCAUAAACAAAGCACUACUGGGCAAAGAGAAGAAUGAAUCUGGUAUGAGCAGAUAUAAAUUUUUCUUUUUGACUUUCUUCAUCAUGUUCAUCUACAACUGGUUCCCCACCUAUAUUAUUAAUAUUCUAAACACCUUUAAUUGGAUGACAUGGAUUAAGCCAAGCAAUAUCAACUUAGCAAAUAUCACUGGGGGAGUCACUGGUCUAGGCAUUAACCCUAUUUCGUCUUUCGAUUGGAAUGUCAUUUCAUCAAAUUCUCCGUUGGUUUACCCGUUUUGGUCAUAUCUAACGCAGUAUCUUGGCUCUGUCUUAGCUGCUUUAAUUGUCGUGGCAAUAUACUACAGCAACUAUAUGAAUUGUCAAUACUUGCCAAUGUUUACAAACUCCCUGUAUACUAACACAGGCGAUUCCUUCAAAGUUACUAAUAUACUAGAUAGUAGCAAUAAGCUAGAUUUGAAAAAGUACCAGAGUUACUCGCCACCCUACUAUAGUGCCGGAAAUUUGGUAACGUAUGGCGCUUUCAUCUGCGCAUAUCCUCUUAUGAUUGCAUGGUCAUUUAUUGUACAUUCAAAAAUUCUAUUCAGCGCAUUUAAAGAUUGGGCUUUGAGUCUGUGGGCCUUGAGAAAACUCAAAGCCUGGGUUAUAAUGUACAAAAGUGACUACAAGGCUCUAGAUGACUAUGAUGACCCUCAUUCUAUUGCAAUGAGAAACUACAAAGAAGUUCCAGAAUGGUGGUAUUUUGCAAUAUUAAUAGCUUCGCUCAUUGUGGGGAUAGCCGUUGUGGAGCAUUAUCCAACCAAUACACCAGUUUGGGGCCUUUUUGUCUCUUUAGGUUUCAACUUCGUUUUCCUGAUUCCAACUACCAUUCUGCAAGCAACCACUGGCUUUUCGUUCGGUUUAAAUUUGCUGAUCGAAAUGGUGAUGGGAUAUGCGUUACCAGGUAAUCCAGUCGCUAUCAUGAUUUUGAAGGCGUUUGGAUACAACAUUGAUGGUCAAGCAGAUAGUUACGUUUCCAAUUUAAAAAUUGCGCAUUACUGUAAGAUUCCACCAAUGGCAUUAUUUAGAGGUCAAUGCGUUAUAGUUCUGAUCCAGAUAUUUGUUAACCUAGGUGUUUUGAAUUGGCAAAUCUCCAAUAUCAAAAAUUUCUGUACUCCUCAUCAAGAUGCAAAGUUCACGUGCCCUGAUGCUGUGACAUACUACAAUGCAUCCGUUGUGUGGGGUGCAAUUGGACCAAAAAGAAUCUUUAACCACAUCUAUCCAAUCUUCAAAUGGUGUUGGUUGAUAGGCGCGUGUAUCGGUGUUCUGUUUGGUGUCUGGAAGCGUUGGGGCAGGUUCUAUCCAAGGAACUUCGAUCCAAUGUUAUUUGUGGGUGGGAUGCUCAAUAUGAGCCCUCCAUAUAACCUUAUGUAUUAUACUCCUGGUAUGAUAGUCAGUUAUAUUUCCCAAUAUUACAUGAAAAGACACCAUUUGAAUCUAUGGGAAAAAUAUAAUUAUGUUCUAUCAGCGGGCUUUUCUACAGGUUUGGUUCUGUCGGCCAUUAUCAUCUUCUUUGCAGUCCAAUAUAGAGAUACAUCUUUCAAUUGGUGGGGUAAUACAGUUUCCUACGCUGGUGCUGACGGGGCUGGCUAUCCACUCAAAAACAUAAGCGAUACGGCAAAUGGCUAUUUUGGCUACGCCCCAGGCCAUUAUCCGUAG